CCACUUUUGAUAUACACUUCCUCUAGCCGAGUACUACCUCAAAUCCUCAAUCGCUUCAACAAGGCAAAUUACCAAAGUAACCCUCCAUAACUGGUCAAUUUUAUGUUCAACUCAAGCUCGAGCGAUCUCCCGUUAAUCGGAGAACACCAAAGAAAGGGGAUUUAAAGUAAAACAAGAGUGCAGAAAGAAUGGGGAGCAAGAAGAGGAAACGAGGCGGUGGAGGAGGUGGCGGCGAGAGGAGAAGCAUACAUCCUCGCAACAGAUACGCAAAUAAUCCCCCGGAUUUCUCUCUCCUCGCAUCUCUAUACCCUUCUUUCUCUUCCUUCGUAUUCUAUUCUCGUGACGGUCGGCCUAGAAUUGAUUGGACUGAUUUCAAUGCCACUCGUGAACUCACCCGCGUCCUCCUCCUCCAUGACCACUCUAUCAAUUGGUGGAUUCCUGAUGGGCAGCUCUGCCCAACUGUGCCAAAUAGGUCAAAUUAUAUACAUUGGAUUGAAGAUCUUUUAGCAUCUGACAUUAUUGAGAAAAACAAUGUCGAUGGAGAUAAAGUGAGAGGAUUUGAUAUUGGAACUGGGGCAAAUUGUAUUUACCCUCUUCUUGGUGCAUCCCUUUUAGGUUGGAGUUUUGUUGGGUCAGACGUAACAGAUGUAGCCUUAGAGUGGGCGGAAAAAAACGUUCGAAGUAAUCCGCAUAUUUCGGAAUUGAUUGAAAUUAGAAGGGUUGAGGUCACAGAACCUGCCAUUGACCAUGGAACCAUGUCCUUAGAUGGUAGUAGGACUAGUGAUUAUUGCCAAGAGAAGGAAGAUGUUGAUGAUUUGACCAAACAUGAAACGAGAGAGUUCGAUGAAUCUGCAGUAAUUCAUCCCGAGGGUGAACUGGAUAAUGCACACACGGUAAGUAGUGAACAAGUGGAAGAUUUUAAUGAAAGAAGGGAUGGUGAAGCACAGGCUCAAUCCUCAAGUCUUUCUGAUGAACCCAAUGUAGAUAGGGGUUAUCAUGGGCCAUCCAUCCUUCUUGGUGUGGUAAAACAAGGAGAAAAGUUUCAUUUCUGUAUGUGCAACCCUCCUUUCUUUGAAAACAUGGAGGAAGCUGGACUGAAUCCAAAAACUUCAUGUGGUGGGACGCUAGAAGAGAUGGUCUGUGCUGGUGGAGAGGGAGCUUUUAUCAGUCGCAUUAUUGAAGAUAGUUGUGCGCUAAAACAGUCAUUUCGGUGGUACACUUCAAUGCUUGGGAAGAAGUCAAACCUUAAAUUUCUGAUGGCAAAGCUUCGGGAAGUGGGAGUCACCAUUGUGAAAACUACUGAAUUUGUCCAGGGUCAAACAUCUCGAUGGGGACUUGCCUGGUCCUUCAUGCCUCCGGCCAGAAAAUUGGUAUCCCCUCAUGUGAGGGGCAAUACUAGCUUGUCCUUCAUGCUUGAGGGUCUCCAGCAUCAAACCAGUGCCUUCGAUGUUUUAAAGUCUGUGGAAUCCUUUUUCAGCUACUUUGGUGUAUCCUGCAAAUGCAACGAUUCAUCGUUUACUGUUGAAGUAAGUGCAACAAAUGAUCUUUGUGACACUAUAUUGAAGACCAAUGUCAAACAGCUUGAUGAGGCUUCCACUUGCUCGCAUGUGGCUGAAGCAUCGAGUGCAAGUUGUUCAAAUAGUCUAAUGAACUUAUCUUUCCGCAUUCUGGUCUUCCAGCAGAUCCCUGGCACACUCCUGGUGAAAGCAUCAUUAAAGCCGGGAGACAGUGCACUCUCAGGAACAUUCACAUCUGUGUUUCAACAAUUGGAAGGAUUUCUAAAACACAAGUUUGCUGGCAAGAAGGCCCGUAUUUAACCCUUUGCAUUGAAGAUGCUUCCAAAUAAUGGAUCAGGAAUUGCAUACACUUGUGAGCUGAAAAAUAAGCGAAAAAGUCGGUUGUUUUACUUUACUUGUAUCAAACACUAAUGGGAAUCGACCAGUGGCCAUGGGCAGCUCCUGGUGUCCCACUGCCCAACAUGUGGAUGAAGUUGAAUUGGUUGCUAAACUUAAGUACUGUAGUUUUUGAGAAAGAGAACUCUGACAAUGUUGAAGACAAACUAAUACUUAAAUUUGAAGUAUUAAGAAAUGGGUUGCUUACAUAGGGGAAUGAAGGAUUCCCUAAUUAAGCAUACUUUUGUCGGAAUGGUUGUGCAAUCAAUAUUCUACCAUGUUUCAUGUUUGUGGUCCUGUUACCAUUAUCGAUUCUAAACUCAUUCAGGAUUUAAAACAAUUAGUGACUUCAAAUGUAAAUUUCUAACUUGUUCCUAACUUUAAGCUGAUAUUUUAAAUGUUGUUUCUUUUCCUUGACCACAAAA